AUGGCUUCUAAGUCCCAGCUCCUGUUCUUUAUUGCGAUUGCGGCUCUAGCCUCGAUCAUCCAUCCUUGUGCAUCCGUCGAGUUUCACCGCAAGCUCUCCAGCUGGUCCAGCGGCGGCGCGACGUGGUACGGCGCCGCUACUGGGGCUGGAAGCGAUGGUGGCGCAUGCGGGUACAAAGAUGCCGUCGACCAGGCGCCCUUUUCGUCCAUGAUCGCCGCGGGAAGCCCUUCCAUCUACAACUCCGGCAAGGGCUGCGGCUCUUGCUUCCAGGUCAAAUGCACGGGUAAUGACGCAUGCUCCGGCAACCCCGUGACCGUCGUCAUCACCGACGAAUGCCCUGGCGGUGCGUGCCUCAACGAGCCGGCCCACUUCGACAUGAGCGGAACGGCAUUCGGCGCCAUGGCGAACCCCGGGCAGGCCGACAAGCUGCGCAACGCCGGUGUCCUCCAAAUCCAGUACACCCGAGUGCCCUGCAACUACAACGGCAGGACCGUCAACUUCAAGGUGGACGCGGGGUCAAAACCGUACUACCUCGCCGUGCUGAUCGAGUAUGUGGCCGGCGACGGCGACCUCUCCGCGGUGGACAUCAUGCAAGCCGGCUGCAACUGGUGGACGCAGAUGAUGCAGCAGUCGUGGGGCGCCGUGUGGCGGGUCAACUCGAACAACGGCCAGCCGCUCCGCGCGCCCUUCUCGGUCCGCAUCACCUCGGGCUCCGGCAAGGUCCUCGUCGCCAGGAACGCCAUCCCCGCCGGGUGGAGCGCCGGGAUGACCUACCGGUCCGCGGUGAACUUCGGCUACUGA